AUGCCUACACUGUCGCAGCCUUUGGCUGCAUACGAGGCAGGGACCAAGGCGUGGUUUCCAGACGACGUGCAAGGCUGGGUGAGCGGAACAUUGACCAAGGAGCCUCACAUCAGUGAGUCUGGACAAGUGGAAUUGCUGUUCACGCUCGAUGAAACAGGUGCGGAGCGAAUGGUCACCACGACGAUGGCCAAGCUCGAGGCACCUGGCGGGGUCGACCGCGAACUGCCUCCGUUGCGGAAUCCACCGCUGCUCGAAGCGUCAGAUGACCUUACGUCUCUGAGUCAUCUGAACGAAGCCUCGGUAUUACAUACCAUCCUCAACAGGUAUCAGCAACGGACCAUCUAUACCUAUUCGGGUAUUGUGCUGAUUGCUGUGAACCCAUUCUUUGACCUGAACCUGUACAGCCCUGAAAUCAUUCAAGCGUACGCAGGACGACGCCGGGGAGAACUGGAACCGCACUUGUUUGCCGUCGCAGAAGAUGCGUAUCGCUGCAUGAUCCGCGACCGCAAGAAUCAGACGAUUGUGGUCAGCGGUGAAAGCGGUGCCGGUAAGACGAUGUCGGCCAAGUAUAUCAUGCGGUACUUUGCGACGGUAGAAGAUCCUGAAAGUAUGUCUUCUAGGCGCCCAGGAUCGCAUGUCAUGAGCGACACGGAACGGGCUAUCCUAGCCACCAACCCUGUCAUGGAGGCCUUUGGUAAUGCCAAGACCACCCGGAACGACAACUCGUCGCGCUUUGGCAAAUACCUCGAGAUUGUCUUUGAUGAGCGGCACGAGAUCGCAGGUGCGCGCAUGAGGACGUACCUGCUGGAGCGCUCGCGUCUAGUGUACCAGCCCGAGGUCGAGCGCAACUACCACAUUUUCUACCAGCUCUGUGCUGGCGCACCAGACGAGCUCAGGGCGCAAUUCGGGAUUGGCAAGGCGGCGGACUAUCACUAUCUACAUCAGGGCAGCGAAGAGCAUCUUGCCAUCCAAGGUGUGGAUGAUGCGGCUGAGUUCCAAUCCACUGUGAAUGCAUUCACGACCAUCGGCGUCAGCCAAGAGACACAACGACAGAUGUUCCAGGUGCUUGCGGCUCUCUUGCAUCUCGGUAAUGUAGCUAUUACCGCUACGCGCAACGAUGCCAACAUUGCUCCUGAGGACCCUGCGCUCGCACAGGCCGCGAGCUUCCUCGGCGUGGAUGCGCAUGAGCUGCGCAAAUGGAUGCUCAAGCGCCAGAUUCAGCUGCGAGGUGAGAAGAUUGUCUCGAGUCUGUCGCAGGCGCAGGCAUUGGCCGUGCGUGACUCGGUGGCCAAGUACAUCUAUACGUGUCUCUUUGACUGGCUUGUGGCGCAGAUGAACAAGUCGCUCGCUCCGCGCGACGAAAAGUCAGCGGUGUCUAUGAUUGGUGUGCUGGACAUUUACGGCUUUGAAUGCUUCAAGGUGAACUCGUUUGAGCAAUUUUGCAUCAACUAUGCGAAUGAGCGUCUCCAGCACGAGUUCAACCUGCAUGUAUUCAAGCUCGAGCAGGAGGAGUACGUUGCUGAGCAGAUUCCAUGGCAGUUUAUCCACUUUGCUGACAACCAACCGUGUAUUGAUAUGAUUGAGUCCAAGUUUGGUCUGCUGUCGCUGCUGGAUGAGGAGUCGCGCCUGCCGUCGGGUCAGGAUGCGUCGUUCCUGCAAAAGGUGUACGGCCAGCUGCAGCCAAAGCCCGAGUACCAAAAGUUCCUGUCCAAGCCACGCUUCGGUGCCGAGUCGGCCUUCACGGUCAAGCAUUAUGCCCUGGAUGUGACGUACAACGUCGAUGGCUUUAUGGACAAGAACAAGGACACCGUGCCUGACGAGCAGCUCGCGCUGCUUGACUCGACGCAGUCGCCCUUCCUCAAGACGGUGCUGGAUGCGCGUGCUGCUGCUGAUGCCGCUCUGCCUUCACCGCCAGCUCGUCGGGCGUCGGGGCAGAGUGCCGGCCACAAGAAGCCGACGAUCGGCUCACAGUUCAAGGCGUCCCUCGCUGCGCUGAUGGACACGAUGCGAUCCACUGAGGUGCACUAUAUUCGGUGUAUCAAGCCCAAUGACGCCAAGGUGGCCUGGGAAGUCGAGCCGCAAAACGUGCUCGGCCAACUGCGUGCCUGUGGUGUGCUCGAGACGAUCCGGAUCAGCUGUGCUGGAUUUCCCGGCCGCUGGACUUUCGCCGACUUUGUCGAGCGCUACUAUAUGCUCGUGCCGUCGCAGCACUGGACUAUGAACUCUUUGGAAAAGGUGCGCGAGUUGGCGCAGUAUAUUUUGUCCGAGACGAUCGAGCCUGACAAGUACCACUUUGGUCUCAACAAGGUCUUUUUCCGCGCGGGUGUACUGGCGCUGUUUGAACAAAUGCGUCGCAACGUUCUCAAUGAGCGCACGCGCACGAUUCAAACGGCGUGGCGUCGCUACUCGGUGCAGAGCAAGUUCCAGUCGCUCAAGCACGGUAUUCUUACGCUCCAGUCGCACAUUCGUCGCCAUGCCGCGCAUGCGCGAUUUGUGGCUUCGCGUGAGACGCGCGCUGCCGUCCUGCUCCAGACCAUGAUCCGCGGUUCCUUGCAGCGCCAGCGCCGCUCUCAGGCUGUCCAGGCUGCCGUGCGUAUCCAGCAGGCGAUUCGUGCGCACCAGGCUCGUGCGCGUCUGGUCCAGGUACGUGAGGCGCACCAUGCCACGCAGCUGCAGACAGCCGCGCGUGGUUUGCUAGCACGCCGUGCGGCCUCGAGCCGUAUCCGCCAGGUCAUCAUUCUGCAGUCGCUGUACCGCCGCCGUCUGGCACGGCGUGCGCUGUUGCAGCGUCGCACGGAGGCUAAGAGCGCUACGCACUACCAAGAGGUGUCCUACAAGUUGGAGAACAAGGUCGUCGACCUCACGCAGAGCUUGCAAGACCGCACGCGCGAGAACAAAGAUUUGCGGGCAUCGCUCCAGGAGCUGGAGGCCCAGCUUUCCUCGUGGCAGCAUCGUCACGUUGAGCUGGAUGCUCGUGCGCGGGGCCUGCAAGCGGAGGUGCAAAAGCCCAGUGUGCCGGUGGAAGAGCAUGAAGCUGUGCGGUCUGAGCGCAUGGACCUCGAGAGGCAGCUGCGUCAGGCGCAGGAGCGUAUUCGCAAUUUGGAGCUCGAGAUUGCGACGUUGCAUUCGCAAAUCCGUUCUAUCGAGGCGCCCGAGUCGAUGGUGCAGUCGCUGCGCAGUGAGAUUGCGAUGCUGCGUGAGCAGCUCAGUCGUGCGACGGCCGAAAAUGAGCGGAACGGGACGACGGUGCCGCUGGGCCCUCGACAUCAGCACCAUCGCAGUAUGGCCAGCGACGUGCCUGCGGCGGAUGUGCUGGAAUUCCACGAGGAUGUGCUCGACGAGAGACGGGGCGCGGAUGUGCCACCGGAGGAGAUUAUUGAUCUGCUGGAGGACGAGGCACAGCUGGAUGAGGACGUCCUGCACGGUCUGAUCGAGUAUCUCAAGAUCCCGUUGCCGAGUCUGCAGAACCCGCCAGGGCCGAAGGAGGUCCUAUUCCCCUCGCAUCUGAUCUCACUCGUGACGAACGAGAUGUGGAAGUAUGGCCUGGUACGAUCGAGCGAGCGGUUCCUGGCGAAUGUCAUGCAGACGAUUCAGCAGCAUGUGAUGUCGUUCCACGGCGAAGAUGCCAUCAUGCCCGGCAUCUUUUGGCUGUCGAACGUGCACGAGAUUUUAUCGUUUGUGUGCAUUGCUGAGAGCGAUAUGCUCCAGGGUGUGGGCCCGGGUGUCGAUGGCUCGGCGCGCGAGUUUGAGUGGGGCGACUAUGAGCGCCUCGUGACGAUCGUCAAGCACGACCUCGACUCGCUCGAGUACAAUAUCUACCACACGUGGAUGCAGGAAGUCAAGAAGCGGCUGAACAAGAUGGUGGUGCCGGCGCUCGUAGAGUCGCAAUCGUUGCCGGGCUUUGUGACCAACGAUUCGGGAGGCCGUCUGCUGAAUCGCCUGCUGGCGAGCUCGAAUGCGCCGUCGUACACGAUGGACGACAUCUUGGGCAUUCUCAACAAGAUAUGGAAGUGUCUCAAGAGCUACUAUGUCGAGCCGAGUGUGACGCAGCAAGUGAUCACGGACCUGCUCAAGAUGAUCGGUGUCACAUCGUUCAACGACCUCUUGAUGCGGCGCCACUUUUGUUCGUGGAAACGCGCGAUGCAGAUCCAGUAUAACAUCACACGUCUCGAGGAGUGGUGCAAAUCGCACGACAUGCCGGAAGGCUCGCUGCAGCUGGAGCACUUGCUCCAGGCCACCAAGCUGCUGCAGCUCAAGAAGGCCACGAUGAGCGACAUUGACAUCAUCUACGACGUGUGCUGGAUGCUUACGCCCACGCAGAUUCAAAAGCUCAUCUCGCAUUACCAUGUGGCGGACUAUGAGAACCCGAUCUCGCCCGAGAUCCUCAAGGCGGUGGCCAGCCGCGUCGUGCCCAACGACCGCAACGACCACCUGCUCCUCCCGCCUGAGAUCGACGAGGCGGGCCCGUACGAACUGCCGCUCCCCCGCGAAGUCACCGGGAUCGAGACGUACUGUCCUGCAUACCUCCAUGUGCCGCUGCUCCGCAGUCUCGCGAGCAAGGUGGCAUAA